CAGAAUGCCAUACACCGAAGCUUUCAUCAUGGAGGUCCAGCGAGCGUCGACCCUGGGUCCCCUCGGAGUGUCGCACACGGCGACGGCGGACGUGGACUUCGGCGGUUACCGAUUCCCCAAGGCUGCCGAAGGGAAGCGGGAGUGCCUGGGAGCGUCCUUGGCCCGGAUGGAGCUCUUCUCCUUCGUCGCCAUCCUCGUGCAGAAAUUCGCGUUCCUCCCGCCGCCGGGCCGACCUCGUCCCAGAGCGGAGGGCGUCGGCGGGAUCUUCCUCAAUCUGCCGAAGCCUUAUCGGUUCGUGGUGAAGGAGAGAAGUCGUUGAAGCGGGGUGACGAUUUUGCAACC